UUCAACGUGUUUCAGCACAAGUGGCGAGAUCAUACGUUGUUGGAUCAUGAUCUCUGAGAUUAAAAAUUUCAAAAAUGAGUACUGAUGAAAAAGAUGCUACCGAUCGUGAAGAGAUCGAGGGAAUCGUUAAUACCAAAAUUCAAGAAAUAUUCUAUGGAAACUCAACAUUUGAGAAGUAUAUGAAGGUUGGAUUGAGUGUCAUCAAAGAUGGAAUCAAAGCUUCAAAUAGUCUUCCAUGUAAUGAUAACUUUAAAUAUUUUACAUGCUUUCCGAGCUUCAACAGUGCAAGAAGUUAUCAAACCAAACGGAUUUUAAAAGUAAUACAAAGUAUCAUUGAAUCAACAGCCACAGCUGAUGAUAUAAGUCGACGCGGGACUGAAGAGAAGUUUGAACUUUUAGUGGAAGCAAAUGAUAUCUUUUUGGACAGAGCGAAUGCUUUAAUGAAUGAAGAAUCUGGUGCCAAGUGUAAUUCGGAAAUAGAAUUGGUAAUGUCUCAGUCGAAGAAGUUAUUAGAUGUAAAUGGAAGUUGGAAUACUGUCGUUAAUCGACAAUUACCUGCAUCUGGAAAUAUUGCUAGUGCACAGUCAGUGCGAUUAUUAGGUGCAAAAAAUGUUCAGAGACCUCAACUAAUAUUUAAAGAUAAAAUUGACAAUACAUCCAAACCAUGGCAACCUAGAAUCAAAGAAAAACCCAAUGCUUUAAAAUCACUUUCCAUUCAUUUGGAGGAAGGAAAAGAUGUAGACGUCUUCUGUCAUCCUUACGAAUAUGAACUUAAUAUGUUUCAAGUAUCCAACAAACAAUUGGAGAAACACCUACCAAUAGAGUACAAACCUUUAGAAGAAACCCCAUUGAUUAUGAUAGAAAAAGAGGCAGAUAUUGGAAUUUUGUUAAACGACUUGUUUAGCUGUGACGAAAUAGCAAUUGAUUUAGAGCACCAUUCUUACAGAAGUUUUCAAGGGAUCACUUGUCUUAUGCAAAUAUCAACAAGAGACACGGAUUACUUAAUUGACACAUUGCUUUUAAGAUCUGAAUUGCAUAAACUUAAUGAAAUUUUUACGAAGCCAACAAUCCUAAAAGUAUUUCAUGGAGCUGAUUGCGAUAUUCAGUGGCUUCAGAGAGAUUUGUCACUCUACGUUGUGAAUAUGUUUGAUACACAUCAAGCAGCCAAGCAGCUAGAACUACCUUACCUAAGUUUGGCGUAUCUAUUAAAAACAUACUGCGGGUUAGAACCGAAUAAACACUUUCAACUAGCUGAUUGGCGUAUACGUCCUCUUCCUCAGGAACUUAUGAAAUAUGCAAGGGAAGAUACCCAUUAUUUAUUGUAUAUAAAGGAUAUUUUGAGAAAUGCCUUAAUUGAUGUUGCAAAUUGUCAGCAGAAUGUCUUAAAAGCGGUUUAUAAUCGAAGUACCGAAAUUUGUAAAAAAACUUACGUUAAAUCUAUUUGGACUGAAGAAAGUUAUAUGAGCAUGUACAGAAAAAGUCAAAAGAUGUUUAAUAAUCGACAGCUUUUCGCUCUGAAGCACUUACACAAAUGGAGAGAUACAACCGCUAGAGAAGAAGACGACAGUGUUAGUUACGUCCUACCCAAUCAUAUGUUACUGAAUAUCGCCGAAACACUUCCAAGGGAAAUGCAAGGAAUCUUAGCAUGUUGCAAUCCAAUUCCUCCAUUGGUAAGGCAGAAUUUAUUAGGGUUGCAUAAAAUUAUACUGAAAGCUCGAGAGCAACCACUGAUAAAACCAGUUUUAGAAGAAGACAUCAGACAACGCAUGACUCAAAGAAGUCAUGUUACGCAUUCCGAAACAUGGAUAUAUUCUCCUCACGACACAUCACAAGGCACGGAACCUAGAGCUGAUUUACCUUGCCUGUUGAAUUCCAAUUCUGUAAUGAAAACAUUGAAUUAUAAACAAAGAAUGAAACAUAUUAUAACAGUGUUUGACAAUCCCUCAUCUGAUGAUGAUAUGGAAAUAAACAAUCAAAUACUCUCUACAAGUAAAAGGCUUCCUUUUGUAAGCCCCUUUGAAAGAUAUAAACGCGUAAUGCCUAUGAUUGCUGAGCAUGAGGCGGAAGAAAGAGAGAGGUGGGCGAAGGAAAAAAAGAAAGAGUAUAAGUUAACCAACAGCGAAAAGACUGAAAGUAUAAAUAGAGUGUACGAACACUUCAUAUUUCAAGUUGAGAAUAAAAUUGCCGUGGAAGCCAACAUAAAUAUUUCUCUGAGUCAAAUGCAUAGCAAAAAACGAAAAAUUGUCUGCAUUGAUCGAAAUAAUCCAAACGAAACUUCUAUAUAUCAGCCUUCUUUGUCACCAGAAACAUUAAACAGCAAAAUUGUGAUAGAAAAUGUGAAUAUAACAAAGAAGGAAGAUAUGUGUAAUACAUUUAUGAAUCAGACGAAUUGCCAUCCAAGGAGAAGAAAAAAUGCAGAAGAUGAAUUGGUUCAACCACUGAGGAAAAUUGAUUUUCAAUUCGUACGUCUGGUUCAAAUCUUUAGUCGAGGGCAAAUAAUAUCGAAUUUAAACAAAAAUAAUCGAGUACCUCUUAUUUUCGAAAAAAUGUUCUAAAAAUGAAGCUGUCAAAUACGAAAUACACAAAAGAUAGAGCCAGAAGUGUGAUGCAGAAAAGCAGAAGGCUCAUUGUGUGUGUGGAUGUGUGUGUAUAAAUACUGUGGUUUCUAUUCCUUUGGAAUCGAACAGAAGAAUCUGUGACAAAGCCAACGACAGUAUUUUCAGCUUGUGGAUAGAGGGUCUCUGUAUCAAGCGUUUCUGCUGAAUAUGGUUACAAUAUUUAAUAAGCAGUCACGGAAAAUUGUCCAAGUAUGAUCCCAACCGAAACCAGGAGAUAGGGGUACUACUAAUAAUGGUAAUGCAGCCCGUAGAGCCUUUUA